AUGUCUCACGCGAACGCAGAACCGCUUCCGAGCGAACUCUUGAGGGACGGUAUCGUCGAAGUCCGUGGAGAUAACGGAGCCUUUUAUAAGGCUUUCAUAGUAGACGUCGACGACACGACUGCCGCCGAUUUGGCCAAUUGUCUGGACACGGAUUCCGGCGCCGCUUCGGCCGCCACAGUCAGCCCUCCGGUCGACAACUCAAAGAUUACGCUCGCCUUUGAAAACGAUUGGUUACCGCAGCAGAAGUUCCCCAUCAAUAGGAUCCGUUUGCCGCCGCCCUCGACGUCCGCCACGUUUCAAUCGGCCAACAGUCCCACCAACGGAUCCAACGCCGCCGACACCAGUAUUUCAAACAACAGCAACGCCUCCGUUGUGUCCGAUAGGCCGACCAUUAUUAGCGAAGGCAUGGAAAUAGAGGUGUUUUCGUGCACUAAUGAUGGCGAACAGUGCGGGUGGUGGAGGGCUCAGGUGAAGAUGAUUAAAGGUGACUUCCAUGUGGUUGAGUACCAGAACGUGAGCUCAUCUGAUGGCCAAUCAGUGCAGAGCACACCCAACCAUCAGACGUACAGUGAGAUCGUUGCCAGUGAUAGGAUUCGGCCCAAAAAUCCUCACCCCUUACUCACGACUAAUCCGUUCUAUAAGUUUGAAAUCAAAAUCCCUGAAGACAUCCGGUCUAUGAACACGUCGUGGCUGUUGAAGAGUGAGGCACACAAACAGUUCAAGCAAUUCAUCGGCGCUAUUGUCGUCCGCUUUGAUGAGCCCAACGGUGUCCUCAUUUGCGUGGGUUAUGCGCCGCACGAGAAGACAUACUUAGCGUCGACCACUCAAAAGAGGGCUCAAAUGUUGAGUGAAAUGCAUUUCCGAAACAUCAAACAAAAACUGGUUCUUCUGUCGCGCACUGAAGAGGCGGCCAAACAGUUGGAGUCAACCCGAGGGCCGUUCGGCUCCGGCUUCACGGGAACACAUUAUGGCGGCUCUUCGGGUCAGAACUAUUUGGUGGAAGUGGUUGUGGCCGAACACCUCAUGGGUUUAGCCAUCGGUGCCCACGGCGUCAACAUUCAGAACGCCCGCAAAUUAGAAGGCAUUUCGGCCAUUGAUAUCGAAGAGAAUUCGUGUAUAUUUCGGAUCAAAGGCCAGUCAUUAGAGGCGUGCCAUAAGGCGAGAGCGAUGUUGGAGUUCGCCGAGAAGGGCAUUGAAGUGCCGCGAACUCUGGUCGGCAAAGCGAUCGGCAAAAACGGUCGCAUCAUUCAAGAGAUCGUCGACAAGUCAGGAGUGGUUCGCGUGAAGAUCGAGGGCGACAACGAGAAUGAGGCGCCGCGAGAACACGUGCCCUUCGUCUUCGUGGGCACCUCUGAAUCCAUACAAAACGCCCAAAUCCUUCUCGACUAUCACUUAAACCAUUUACAAGAAGUGGAAAAACUGAGACAAGAAAAGCUUGAGAUCGUCCACCAGUUGAGGAAUAUUCAACAACACCCGACCCAUACCUCGCCCUCCACUUCGAUGAUUAUCCAAACACAACAACAACUGCUCCACAAAAACAUCACUAAUAGUUCGGUUCAGAAUCACGACGAGUCCGACCAGAAGUACGGCUCAGACAGAGUAAGGACUGGAUCUCAAAGAGGAAUCGCGAGGACUGACAACACGAGAGGAGGCGUCGACUCGAGGACAAUGUCAGGCCAGAGGAACGUUGGCCGCGGAGGUCCGAUGUCUGGCUCUUCGAAUGUACGCCGAUAUAACACAAACACGAUUGACAGCAGACCCGGUGGUGAUCGGGACAGAAGUGGGCGGCCAUCGCAUCCACGCAAUCAACCGUUCAAUAAAUCGCGUCAACACUUCAAAGAGGGGACGCCUGUCGAGGACUCCGCUCCGAGAUCUUCACAUCGCGCCGAUAGUCAACAAAAUUCACAAAAAGGCGAUUCUUAUGGUAAACCACAGAGAAAUCAACGGAACGAUAGAAAUGACAGAAAUGAUCACCGAUUGGACCGAACGACGGAUAGGACGGACAGAAACGACAAGAAUCACGAGAAGAGUGAGAGAAGCGAUAAGAAUGAGCGAAACGAUAGACAAUAUUCAACAGCGACUAAUCGGUCGCAACAGUCGUCGGGUUCGGGAAACGCCCAGAAAUUACCAACAAAUGAUCAAAACAACCCGUCUUUGAAGCAGUCGUCGCACUCGGAGUCAAAGCAAACGUUGAGUUCAGGCCAACAACUGGUGAACGGAAACGCAUAA